AUGAAGGAGAUAUUGCCAGGACCGAGCAGUCGGGUACUUAUCACUGACAAUGCUUAUCAUGUCAGUGAUAAUGUAUGGAGGGGCAUAGACAGGGGGCCUAUAGAGUGUUUUGGUGCCAGCCGUCUACUUCACGUUUGGGUUUUGUCUAAUGCACAGAAGGAGCUGCUGCACGACGUGGGAUUUGGAUUGUUUGCUGACCAGGAUGUGGGGGUACAGAAUGACACGGCAUUAGUUUCUGCACUUGUGGAGCGGUGGAGGCCUGAGACUAACACAUUCUUCAUGAGGCGGGGUGAGAUGACUAUUACUCUCGAGGAUGUUGGUUAUAUUCUUGGUCUGCCUAUUCUUGGGCAACCCUUGGCAGGGCCAGCCAUACAGAACCCGGCGUCGUGGUUUAAGAAAUACUGGUUCGAGCCACUCAGUGAUGAAGAUUUUGAGGCUGCUUGGAGUAAGUCGGGCAUCAAGUUUACUUGGCUUUAUGAGAGAUAUGGACGGGCGGGUGUGGAGGGUGACCCUGAGCGGAUUGCAGUUCACACUCAGGCUUACCUUAUGCUGGUUCUGGGUGUUGUACUCUUCCCUACGAGGAGCCGGAGUUUUGUGCACCCGAGGUUCAUUGGCCUCCUUCGUGAUGUUUCACAGAUUCAUACAUACUCCUGGGGGUCCGGUGUGUUGGCAUAUUUGUACAGGGCUUUGGGGAUGGCUGUGAGGAAGGAUAGCACACACAUAGCUGGAUGUAUGUUGCUACUUCAGAUAUGGAGUUAUGAGCGGUUUGAUAUUGGGUUGCCUACUCCAUUUCCUGGGGCUAUUAGAUAUCCGGUUGCGCUAUACUGGGCAUAUCCGAAGACGAAGUCUGUUCUAGUUGAGGAAGCUGGGAAGGAGGAAGAGGUGGUAGUGAGGCUAGUGCUUGGGAAGCGGCGCCGGGGUUCGAAGGGUCCACACCACAACUUGCCACACUAUAGGGCUGAGUUUGAUGGUGUCGGGUCAGAUAGAGUGCAGUGGACUCCUUAUGAUGAGGAGGAAGAGGAGGUUGACGAGGACUUGGGUGAGCCCGUUGUGAUUCGUCAUAUGGAUUGGGAUCAGAUUGAGGCACAAUUGGCUGGACAGUCUAGGCUUCCACUUAUAUGCUUCGACAUCUGCGAGUACCAGCAUUCUGAUAGGGUUUUGAGGCAGUUUGGGUUGAGGCCAUGCAUUCCGAGGGCCCCUGUAGACAUGACCCCAUAUAGGGUGCCGAAGCAGAGGUUCCGGGCAGAGAAUUGGAUGGCUGUGUGGUUCGCAGAGAUUGCCCAGUGGAGGCGCUUUUGUGACAGGCCUGACAUUGCCCUUUGUGAUGAUACACUCUACACUACCGAGGAUGCUUACAUGGAAUGGUAUCUGGAGGUGUCGAGGAGGGGCAUUGGGAAGCCAAAGCCCGUGCCUCAACCAGAUUAUGCGAGUCAUUGA